AUGGCCUCCAUAAACCUCAAUAUUGGCGGUGGGAUCGUUGAAAUCGCAGCUUUGACGGCCCUCAUCGGAGCCACGACUGGAGAAUCUCUUAUUUUGGGAAGCAGAGGAGCCGCUGGCCUACCAUGGGCUGCAAUGAGCCUUUUUGGCACGCCGUUUUUGAUUAGGGCGUGCAUCUCUGCGCGUACACCUACGUGGCUGCGGGAGAUGAUAGGGGUUAAAAACGCCAAAUGUGACACAAUGGUUGGGAUGAGCUCGCGCAUAGAAAGAGUCGCCCGAUCGGAUGUGACGCAAAAGAAUAUUGCUGGGAUAUCUGCACUGGUUGGCCUGGCGAGAGAGCCGCUCGAGUACUUUGACCCGGACGAGACGGGAAAGGUGGCCAAAGGAUACUACUAUGAUCAUCUACGACCUUCCAAGCGUAGGAUCUCCCGGACAACAUUGCAAAACCAUCCUCAAUGCGCCCUCGAGCGUCCAGGGCCAUCUCAUCUGGCCGACUCUGCUGGUAACGUUCAUAUUCAUAAGAACUUAACCAAGUACGGCAACAUAUAUAUGGCUAGGUUUCCAAGUAUUGUGGUUAGUGGCUCGGUCCAUGUUCCUCCACCUUACACAUGGGACAGACCACAUCUAACUUGGGAUGACGAGGCGGAUCCGGGAACGAGAGCUCAAAAGAUAUUGGUCCAUCCACGAACGCAGGUCUGUUACCAGGAAGACACGCAAGAUCCUUCUACGGUUUACCAGCUCAUCAAAACAUGCGAACUCCUCUUCGAUAAGGCACAGGUCGCUCUCGAGGUUGGACUCGAGCAGUCCGACCCUAGCAAACCAUCGACAGAAGUUGAGAUCAAAGCUGUUAUUAGCGAUACUCUCCUUUCCAGUAUUGCAUGGAUCCUCGGCUACCCCGAUACAUGUAUUGACGUAUACGAUUGUUGCUUGGUUGCCCUCGAAAUAGCGGGGAGAACCGUCAUUAUACCAUCCGCGCGCGUCCUAUCUGGGAAUGUGAAAAAAGCGGGCGCCUUGCUUGGACCCCGAAGCCGGCAUUUCAGGAACGAUGGAGUCAAUAUUGGCUGGGUAUUCUGGAUUCCCCUUGGUGCCGGUCAGCGGCUGCAUCUCAUCGGUGACCUGAGCUUUACUGGAAGGCAGAGAAUGGAAGUAUUGAGCUCUGAGGAUGUGACCAAAAGGCUUAAUGUUGGCAACCUCUAUAUCGGCUUAAGGGACGUCCACGACGUCCAGAACGUGGUCGAGAAGUCUUGUAGAGUUGGGAGAUUACUUAUCAACCUAUUGAAGGAAGAAUCUGACCAACAGAAGUAUUAUUCAACUGUUCAAUAUUGUACUGCAAGGGCGAAACUAUCUUCAGCAUUCGACACUAGACUCCGCUCUUCUCUGCAUGAUUAA